UCCAUCCAUUCAUGCAGGUUAGUCUCGAUGAAAAUAGGUAGGCUAAGUAAAAAAAUAACAUUUACUCGACAUGACAGAGAUGUCCGUGGAAGGCAACCUACUCUACAUUUCAAGCGGAUUUACCUGAUCUCCUGCCCAGAACUUUCCUCAUCAGGGAUAUGGACAUCAAGCCGCUCUCCAAGGGCUGACUCCCUCUCCUCCUCUGUCCGCCGGCGUUGGAUCUGCCAGGGUCGGGUUGCUAGUUGGCACAAGUACAUUAUAAAUGUUUUGAAAUGGGGUGAAACCAGAAGGUACCUGAACUUAUCCAGGUCAUCUAUAUUUAACCAGGACAGUCCACUUGUCAACAACCGUGACUGUUUUCCAGGGAGCAGCCUAUUUUUGUUUUUCCGUUUAAAAAAGUUUUGCUGCCAACCCGUGUCCUCCUGACUGAAGCCGACUUAGGAGGGCAGACAGGCGGACUGGUCUCCAGGAGGAUGCCUGGGCAGGAUGUGUUCCAGCCGGAAAAUUCUGUGGAGCCUGCUGCUGCUGUCAGUGUUGGAGGUGGGGCUGGGGGUCUCCAGUAUCGUCCUGGGAGCCGUUGGGCUCAGCCGGGUCAGGGAGGAACACAAACCACAGCAAGGAGAUGCUUCACCUAUCUGGAGCGGCCUGUGUUUUCUCAUCUGUGGGAUGUGUGGAGUCCUGUGUGCUAGGAAGAGGACUGGACUCAUCAUGAUUCUGUUCUCAGCCUGCUGUAUCUGUGGUCUGAUUGGAGGGAUUCUCAACUUCCAGUUCGUUCGGGCAUUGUCACGACGGCAGGACUCUCUCCGCUCGCUACACCUGGCAGCCAUGACCAUUGCCUGCCUGGGUAUCUCUUCCUGUACUCUCUCUACCUGGUUGACCUGUCGCCUGGCCAGUUCAGAACAACAGAGGAUGUUUCUGGAGAGAGAACACUCACUGCACCACUCACAUGAGAUGGCUGAGAAGGAACCAUACACACACGGAUCUUUUGAGAUCCUGGACAACUCCAGCAACGGGAUUCCCCAGAUCUCCUACAACAGCAACACCACCUCUCUUUGACAACAGACACACAUUGUUGCCCUGACAAUGGAUACACCUCGUUGCCCUGACAAUGGAUACACCUCGUUGCCCUGACAAUGGAUACACCUCGUUGCCCUGACAAUGGACACACCUUGUUGCCCUGACAAUGGACACACCUUGUUGCCCUGAUAACAGACACACCUCGUUCUGCUGACCAUGGGGUGGUAUCAUCCAACAGAGCCGAGCAGCACUAUUACACAGUUGUGUGUGGAGAACUUCAGCACAGAAAUGAACACUCUUCUUGGACAACUUGUUACUAGUUCUGAUAGUUCUAACAGACAGUCACAUGACCUCAUGUGCAUGCAAUCAAUUUGUAAUCUUUCUCUCUCUAUCUGUCUCUCUCUCUCUCUGGCUAUAUGAAUGCAGGUAUACUGUGUUUGAAGGAAACAUGCUAUAGCUAUCUGAUGUAGAGCAGAAUAUGGAAUGCUUUAAAUAUUAUAUAUGCAACCAACAAUGCAAACUGAAUAUCAGUGGUGGCCAACCAUCCUCCUGGAGAGCUACUGGAUUUGCAGGCUUAUGCUCCAGCCCUGCUCUAACACACAUAAUUAAGUUAAUUAAGAUCCUGGAGACUGAACACCAAGCUCUCAAGGAGGUGGGUUGACUAACCCUGCUGUAUAUUCAUGCUUGUAUAUCAGGAAAACAAACAUUAUCUAUGGAGUGACAAUAUGUUUCUUUUGGCUUCUA